AUGUUUAUUUGCGGGGUGUCUUAUCUGAGGCAGGGGAAACCCAUGGGAUACACAUUCCUAUAUCAAUCUAACCAAAUGAGCAAUGUCCGUUGUAGCAAUUUUAUUCAUAGGAUUGCGUCCCCUCCUUCUUUGAUGCCCAAAGAGGUCUCGAGAGGAUCCGGAACAACCCUGAAAACACAAUUGGUAGACAUUCGAAACAUCAACGUCAGAACCGGCUUGCGGGUUCUGGGUGCCACUUUAUUGUAUAAAUCGCAAAGGGUGUUGAUGAAUGACGUUUGUCAGACCAAUUGA